AUGUACGGAGUGGACGGAAACAGGUCGCGUUGCUCUGCAUUUUGGGACGACCUUAUGAGUUGUGUUGAACAGGUUGGCCGCAAUGAUCAGUGGAAAAAAUGUCAGAAUGAACGGGAAGAUUACUUUGAAUGUCUGCACCACAAGAAACUGGUAUGAAACGAUACUUAUUUGUUUAAAGACAAACUUUGAGGCCUCAAUCUAGAGUUGUUCCUUGGGGAUUCUGAUUAGGGUUAGGCGGUGGUUUAGGGGGGUGUUGAACAAUAUUGUUGUAAUAUCCGCCAAAUAAUUAAAAGUUUAUAAGGGUGUUAAUUAGAAAAUUCGGAAGAGCCAUUCAGUAGUCUACCUUGCGACCUUCCUGUCGGACUCUUUCCUCUGGAAUGUUGUAGGCUUGAUAGGCAAGUUGUGGGUAUGUGGGCUGGUGGAGGUCCUUCAGUUCGAUCUUCCUAGAUAAGUCAGGAAGAGGUCCCUCCGUGAGGUUUUAAAUGAAAUGGCUUCUUUUUAUGCUACAAGCAAUAGCCAUUUUUGAGUUGCACCAAGCCACCAUUUGCAAAGCCAUUGAUAUGAAAAUGAUUUUUCUUCUCAUGGAAAUAGAACUCAUUUUCACAACAAAGGUUUUGCACUUAGUCUCGUUUUGACAGUGAGAGUUUUUGGAACUCCGAAAUGCUCCUUUCAAAACUUCAGGAUCCCACUUGGCAAGGCUGUGCUCUAAGGAAAAUUUCAGGGAGCCCCUUAGGCUCCCAAGCAUUUUAGCUAAGGUGCCCAGACCUCAAAGUUGGUCCCCCAAAUAAAAAUUUCGGGGAUUUCGCACUCCCAAAUAUUCCUGCUGGGGUGCCCAGGCCUCCAAGUUGGUUGUCCAAGUACAUCUGAUGAUGAAGAAGUAUUUUGUACGCACACUCAUUUUUUGCGACAAAAACCUCCAUAUUAUCCUACAAAACCCAUCAUAGUUUUUCCGCCAUUCAGAUUCAAAAUGAGAAAUGUGAGCAAUGCCGCCGAAUUGUUUAGGUUUUAAGCAGGGAAAAGUAAAUAUUUCUACAGGUUUACAUAAUUUUCAUUAAGACAUUUAGGUCAAACAUAGGAAAACUGUGCUUUUUACUAGUAGUACUAAAGUUGAAAAUAAAUUUCCAAAAGGUCAAUCAAUGUGGCAUGAAAUAAAUAAUGGGGUUUAUGUGGCAGAUCAAACUCAAAUUCCCGUGAAACAGUGAAACUGCCAUGGCCCGAAACCUAUUGUUUUUUUUAAAAAGUCACCAUUAAUUUUCUUUCCUAUAUUAUCAGUGAAUCUUUUAGAAUAAUCAAGCUUUUUGUGAAUUUGGUCAAAGCAUAAACGUAACCAACUCUUCUUUCCCUGUUUUUUUGCCGCUAAAUUUAGCCUAUGCAUGCAUGCAAAUUUAGUUCUUGAUACGUAAAAGCCCAAGACAAUGUCACUGGGACUGCCCUGUUAAUUAUAAAACAACAACAAGAAUGAUCAUAUCUUUUUGUUUUCAUAACCAGUAUGUUAAAUUCUUCUGCCUGGUUAACUGAACACUAUACCACUAUUUUUUCACUUGCCUAAAACUAAAUGUUAUUUGCCUCAGGCAACCGGGUGCCUUUAGAGCACAGCCUGCACUUGGGCAACCCAUGUGCAGUUGAACUUUUUAAGACAGGCCUGUUCAAAUUCCUAUCACUUUAGCCCAAUGUAGUGUCAAAUGCCCCUCUCCGAUUUUUGCAGAUUGUAAAGUUGUAAAUUAAUAUUUGCAUUUAUCAUAGUUUGUGGUAAUUUUUGGGCAAUUUUAGGGAUCAAAAAAAAUUUAGAAUAUCCUGUGAAUUUUAGAAAAAAAAUUGACAAAUUCGAGAAUUUUAGAGCAAUAUAUACAUUCACCCAAAAUUCUGGCAACAUGUCACGGCAAAAAUUUCCAAUACCUUAAUAUCAUGUGGACUUUAAUUUCCUAUUUUAAGGUAUAUUGAAAUAGGCAGACUGCAAAAGGUAAUUGAAGUGACUUUCUUGUUUGAUAAAAGUUAUUUCUUACUGUACAUCUUAUAUACAUGUAUUUCUCUCUCUCUUCAUUGAUGUGAACUACUUUGAGAUGCCUAGAAUAUUAUUAUGGCAGCCACCUUGACUAACAAAAUCCUCAUAAUGUUGAUUGGCAGUUGAACUACAAAAAGUAAAUGCUUGUCUUCAAACUUAACCUUUCAAAAUGUUGCAUGCAUGUAGCUUUUGAAGUCCUCAGUGAACAAGUACACUUUGGCAAUCCAACGGUUUUACAGUGGAUUAAAAAGUACCAGGAACCUGACUUACACUAUCCUUUGAUGGUAUUGUUUCCAAUAGUACACAAGACUUGAAAAGAUUCAGAAACAGAAAGAAAAGCUCAUAAGGGCGGGAAAAUGGCCACCCAAGGAAGAAACACCAGCAACACAAUGA